UCAACACAUCGCGUUCCUAACAAUCAAUUUACAAAAGAUAGCUGGCUUCAAAAGAUCCAGCUGAAAGCUAGCUAGCCUCAGCCUAGACCUAGACCGUUUUACAGUGUCUCGAAUCGAAAUCAGUGAGUUAGUAUCUUGUGGCGCGCAUUCUCGACCAUACGUCCUCAGAUAGUUCGGUUCCGCAUUCAGUAGCAUUUAAAUUGUAGAUACUAAAUUUAUAGUGUCUUAUCUAGACACAGUUUUAGAUAACUAAGUUGAGAAGAAAGUGAUCUUGAAUGUAAAUCUUUCGGAAAAUUCUACUUAUUAGUUGAAUUGAGACCAAGUUGCACUACGUACAUGCGAUAUUCAGUUCUAAGAUACAUUCAGACUAUUGUGUGAUAAAAAAUAUGAUUUACGGUUAAAUAUAAAAAUUAGUUUUAUAGUUGCAAAAGUUGUAAUUGAGCCAAUGUAAACUGGGUUUUUGUUGUUGCUUUUGAAUUGUAAUCAAAUUGUUUAUAAUUCAAGAUCAAUUUGCAGUUUCUACUUGCAAGUGCGGAAAAUUGUUGCAAAAGUGAAUUGAAAGAUAUUUCCUAUUGUAUAUGUUCAAACUGUAUUGGACACAAAUUGAAAUUUUAUGUAACAGUGACAAUAAUUUCACGGUCUUCACUGUAAACAGCUAAUUGAUACAAAUUAAAUUGGACGUUACAAGUUAAUUAAAAAUUGGAUUGAACUUUAAGGACUGGCAGAUCGCAAAAAUCAGUAUUUGAAGAAAAUUAAAGAAAAGUGUGCUUUCAGUGUAUAUGAAGACUGAUAAAACCAUCGAAAUGGGCGUGAAAUCGAAUCAAUCAACUAUGAUCCGUGAACAGUGUCAAGAAUUGAUUUUAACACCAGAAAAAAUCACUGAAUUGGAAAAACGUUUUCUCUAUGAAAUCAAUCGCGGCCUGUCGAAAGAAACACACAGCAAAGCCGACAUCAAGUGUUUCGUAACCUACGUACAAGAUCUACCAAAUGGAAAAGAAAGGGGUAAAUUCUUGGCUCUUGACUUGGGAGGUACAAAUUUCCGCGUACUUCUGAUCCAUCUGAAAGGUGAAAAUGACUUUGAAAUGCAAUCAAAAAUCUAUGCAAUUCCACAACAUAUAAUGCUUGGCACUGGAGUACAACUCUUUGAUCAUAUUGCCGAAUGUCUAGCCAAUUUCAUGAAGGAACACGCCGUUUUUGAGGAAAGACUUCCAUUGGGAUUCACAUUUUCAUUCCCAUUGGUGCAAUUGGGCUUGACAAAAGGACUUCUUGUACGAUGGACAAAGGGUUUUAACUGUUCAGGAGUUGUUGGAGAAGAUGUUGUUCAAUUACUUAAAGAUUCAAUUGCUCGCAGAGGUGACGUUCAAAUUGAUGUUUGUGCCAUCCUUAACGAUACUACGGGCACUCUGAUGUCUUGUGCAUGGAAAAAUCACAACUGUAAGAUCGGAUUAAUUGUUGGAACCGGAAGUAACGCUUGCUAUGUUGAGCGUGUAGAAAAUGCAGAACUCUUCGAUGGAGAUACUUCAAAGCCAUACGUUCUGAUCAACACUGAAUGGGGUGCAUUUGGUGAUAACGGUGCCCUGGAUUUUGUUCGUACCGAAUAUGAUCGUGAUGUUGACAAAUACAGUAUAAAUCCCGGAAAACAAUUACAAGAAAAAAUGAUUUCGGGAAUGUACAUGGGCGAAUUAGUACGUCUUGUGGUAGUCAAGUUUACAAAAAUGGGCCUAUUGUUCGGCGGACAGGGAUCAGAUCUCUUAUUCACACGCGGACAAUUCUUUACGAAAUAUGUAUCAGAAAUUGAGGCUGAUGAUCCAGGAACCUACAACAAUUGCCGCAUGAUCCUCGAAGAAUUAGGUUUAGUUGAUGCCACUGACGAAGACUGUGCUAAUGUUCGUUUUAUUUGUGAGUGUGUUUCGUCCCGGGCAGCUCAUUUAGUAUCCACGGGUAUUGCAGUAUUGAUCAAUAAGAUGGAUGAACCAAGUGUGACGGUCGGCGUUGAUGGUUCAGUAUAUCGGUUCCACCCACGAUUCCACAAUCUGAUGUACGCAAAACUCCGACAACUAGUCAAACCGCACAUUCAGUUCGAUCUUAUGCUCUCAGAGGACGGCUCCGGGCGAGGUGCAGCAUUGGUCGCAGCAGUCGCGAGUCGAGAAAACUAGAGACCUGUCAGAUAACUACUUUUAUUAAUUCUAUUUCUAGAUUUAUAUAAAACAAAAAAAUUCCUUGUGACAAGCAUACAAUAUUUCAAUGUAGUUAAACAUCACUCCUAUGAAACCAUUGAAAUAUUCCAAAUAUACUUAUACUUUUACAUUGUGCGUUUUCAUUCAAUCAAAAAUUAGAUUUCACUGAAAUUUCGUGAGAAAGCAAAUGAAAACCGCAAAAAGUACAAUAAGACACAAGAGCAAGAUAAUAUUAUUCAGUUUCUAGAGAGAAGAAAAUAGAAAAUAUGUUCCAAGAGUAUUUUAAACUGAUUUUUCUAAUAUCUUUAUAAAAGAUAUUUUAAAACAUGAUUAGUUCACAAGACAUGUAGGAUUGUGCGAGUGACUUAUAGUAUGAUGAUUAGCGAAUGUCUAUUUAUCAAAAGAGAGAUGAAAAAAACACAUAAAAAUUCACAUAAAAACAGAAAAAUGGCAAGAAAAAAUUCUGAAAGCAAAUAAAAAGUGGAAAAAUCCGGUUCGCGAAAAAUUCAACUGCAAAUAUAUUAAGAUAGAAAGAAAUUUUUGUUUUCCUCCGAAAUGUUGUACAUUUGAACAAUAAAUAAUGCAUAACAUAAAUAAACUUAACCCAAGUAUUUAUAUCUAAGCCAGAAACAUUGAGAAACUACUUUUUAAGUGUUGGAUAUUGAUAGAGACGAAAUUAUAGACAAAUGAAGAAAACUACAUACUACUUGAAAGCUAGUUUAGUUAUAUUAUGAUUACAAAUAAAAAGAAAGUGGUUAUUAUACAUUAUAAGACACUAAAUGAAGCAAAGAUUAUAUAAUUAUUAUUAUUGUAAAUAAAAAGAUAGAAAGAGA